AUGGAAUCCGCGGCGUACGCGCGGUUGUACCCGCGCGAGGCGUGCGAAAAGACGCUGGCGAGCGGCGCGAGAGGGGACGGAAGACCGCUCGGGCGCGCGCGGGCGCGAACGUGCGCGACGGGCGUCGCGAGCGGCGCGCUGGGGAGCGCGCUCGCGAAACACGGCGCGACGACGGCGUGCGCGGGCGUCACGGCGACGAUCGCGACGCCGGACGCGACGCGGCCGGAGGAGGGGUUUUUAGAGAUAGCGGUGGAUCACGCGCCGCAGGCGAGCGAGGACGCGCGAGACGGACGGACGCGGGGGCGAAGGGAGGCGGCGGCGGCGGCGUGCGCGAGCGCGGUGGCGAACGCGGCGGUGCUGGGGAAGGAUUUGAAGCAGCUGUGCGUCGAACGAGGCACGUUCGCGUGGCGGGUGAGAGUGGAUGUGAUAGUGCUGUGCGAUGACGGAGGGGCGGCGGAUUGCGCGGUGACGGCGGUGAUGGCGGCGCUGCGGGACUGCGUGUUGCCGGAGGUCGCGGUGACGCGAGGGAAGGUGGCGCUGGAGGGUGAUGGAACGGCGAUGAACGGCGAUGGCGUGCGAAAGGGGACGCGUUUGGACGUGCAGACGAUGCCGGUGUGCCUGACGACGGCGCUUUAUCGAGAACAUUUGUUGGUGGAUCCGACGCGGGAGGAGGAAGCGCUGAGCGAGUGCGAGGUGAGCGUGGUGUUGACGGAGGACGGGUUACUUCGGGGAGUUUUUAAGCCAGGCGGUGAAGUCGAGGCGACGGAAGAUACGCUUAUGAAGUGCAUCGCGGCGGCGAAACUUCACUACGCGGCGUCCGCGAAGGUUGUUCUAGAGGCGACGGAAGACGAAGAGUGA